AUGGUGGCAAGGAUUCCUUUAGACCUUGCUGUGCAGAUGAUCUUGAAUGAUGAAGAGCCCAUCAAGGGGUUUGACUCAGAAUCCGACAUGUCAGAUGAAGAGGACCCAGACUGUCCAUCCGGGACUCUCAGGCCAUCUACAACUCAACCUCCCCAUCCCCCCGAUGAACAUCUGCUGUCAGACAUGGAAGAGUCUUCUGAUGAAGCUUCAGAAGAGGAAGAAGAAAUAGAUAGGCCGAUCAUAUCCAACCGAAUGAGUCGCAAAGGCUCUUACUGGGCGGAGACACCUCCCAGGCAGGGCAGAACACCAAUACACAAUAUUGUGAGAAGCCGUCCUGGCCCAGCACCUGGGCUUACCACUGUCUCACCAAUAGAUGCAUGGAAGCUGUUUAUCACUGAUAACAUAAUAGAAGAGGUGCUGAUGUGCACAAAUUUGGAGGGAAGGAGAGUAGCUGAAAGUAGAGGAAAAACAUGGAAAAAAGUAAGCAAAGAUGAGCUCCUGGCUUUCAUUGGAUUGAUCAUUCUUGCAGGAAGUGAGAAGAACUGGGAUGUAGCAACCCGAGAGCUUUUUGGUAGUCCUCUACAUAAUCCAAUGUACAAGGCCACAAUGUCGAUCGGAAGAUUUGAAGAUAUUCGGCGAUUCUUGCGGUUUGACGACAAGAGGACCAGAGCCACCCGACUGGAAGCAGACCACUUGGCAGCCUUCCGCUACAUAUGGGACCUGUUCCUGGUCAACUGCAGGCAGAGAUACAAUCCCAGUGAUUGCGUCACUGUGGAUGAGCAGCUUGUGCCUUUCAGAGGGAGGACCAAGUUUCUGCAGUAUAUGAAGAGCAAGCCUGCAAAGUACGGAAUAAAAAUUUUCUGGGUGUGCGAUGCAGACACACCCUAUGCAAUUGAUGGGAUGGUCUACACUGGAAAACAACCAGGGGAAGGAGUCAGCAAGAAUCUAGGCUUCAACGUUGUCAGUCAGCUGUGCAGUGGAUUCCGAAACACCGGUCGUAACGUCACUACUGACAAUUUCUUCACAAGUGUGCCUCUUGCUGAGCAUCUCCUGGAGAAGGGUCUGACCAUUGUGGGAACAUUGCAUCAAAACAAGCCAGACAUCCCCCCAGUCAUGAAGGCUUCCAAGGCUAGAGAGCUCUUCAGCACUGAAUUCGGCUUCAAUGGCAGCAUGACCAUGGUCAACUAUGUUGCAAAAAAGGAAAAGGUUGUUGUGCUCCUCAGUACAAUGCACUACAACAAAGCAGUGGAUGAAAACACCCAGAAGAAAAAACCUGAAGUGAUCACCUUCUACAACCAAACAAAAGGGGGUGUGGAUGUUGUGGACCAGAUAGUUGGCACCUACACCUGUAAACGCCAAACACAGAGGUGGCCCAUGACGUUAUGGUACAACAUGAUUGAUGUUGCCACCCUGAAUGCCUACACGUUUUUCAAGGCUCAGCAUCCUGAAUUCUAUUCAGGCAUUAUCCAACGCUCAGCGGCGCUUUCUUACAGAGCUCUCACAGGAGCUUGUGAAGCCUUACAUGAGAAGUCGGCUGGAAUGUGUCCCAAACCUACAAACCUCCAUCACUGCAGCAAUGGAAAAGUGUGGGGUGACAAAAGCUGCCAUCCAGCCACAGGUGGGCAAGAGUCCAAAGAGGAAGAGGUGCAAGAUGUGCCCAAGAAACCUAGACCGCAAAGCCAGGCAAUGUUGCUGGAAAUGCAGUGA